UUAUAAUUUAUCCGCCGCCCCGAAGGAAACGGAGCUUGUUACAGAGGAUUGCACCUGCGGCGCAAUAUACCGCAUCUGCGUGUAAAGUGCCCUCGACGACGGUAUUAAGAGCGAAAGAGAGGGGAGGCGCGAAUCAAAAAGAUGGCCGUGAAUCCCGGCUUGGAAUCGGAAUCUGCAGCCGGAGAUGGCGGCGCAGCCGAUCUCCUGUAUCCCCUCCUCCGAGCCGACGACGGCGAUCGGGAGGGGGAGGAGAGGAUGGGGAUCGACGAGAUGCUCCGGUGGCACGCCGGCGAGUUCGGGCGCUGGCAGCUGCGGCACUUCGUGCUCACCUCCGCCGCCUGGGCGCUGGAGGCCUUCCACACCAUGGUGAUGAUCUUCGCCGACCGGGAGCCGGCCUGGCGGUGCUCCGGCGGCCCUUGCCCGGCCGACCCGUGCGGCGUCGGGCCGGACGAGUGGGAAUGGGCGGGCGGUCCAGCGGAGUCAACGGUGAAGGAGUGGGGCCUCGUUUGCGGCGACAAAUACAAGGUCGGUCUCGUCCAGUCCGGCUUCUUCGCCGGAUGCAUGAUCGGUGCUGGCGUCUUUGGCCACCUCUCAGAUUCUUUCCUCGGAAGGAAAGGGUCCCUGAUCAUGGUCUGCAUUCUAAACACCAUCUUCGGCCUCCUAACGUCCAUAUCUCCAACUUACUGGGUCUACGCUACCCUCCGCUUCCUCACCGGAUUCAGCACCGGCGGCGUCGGCCUAUGUGCCUUCGUCCUUGCCACCGAGCCAAUCGGCCCGACAAAGCGAGGAGCUGCAGGGAUGUCCACGUUCUACUUUUUCUCCGGAGGCAUCGCCCUCCUCUCCGGCAUUGCCUACCUCUUCCCAUCCUGGCGCUCACUCUACAUCGUCACCUCUCUCCCCUCCCUCCUCUUUCUCAUCGCCAUCCUUCCCUUCGUCUCGGAAUCCCCUCGGUGGUACCUCGUGCGCCGUAGAAUCCACGAGGCCAUGCGCGUCAUCCGAGCCAUCGCCAAGAGCAACGGCAAGCACCUCCCUAAUGGAGUAACCCUUAAGCUUGACGACGACGACGACGACGACGACGACCAAGAAAACCUGAAGCGAAGCAAGAAUGACCAACCCCUUAGCGAAAAGGCUGUUUCCGGCUCCAUCGUCGACGUUCUCCGCUCGCCCACAACUCGAAUUCGCCUCAUCCUAACGGUUGCCAUCAACUUCUUGUGCUCCAUCGUGUAUUAUGGCCUCAGCUUAAACGUUGUCAACCUCAAGACCAACCUCUACCUCAGCGUCCUCCUCAAUGCCAUCGCCGAGAUGCCGGCGUUUGUGCUAACAACGGUGCUGCUGGACUGGUUCGGAAGGAAGCCGUUGGGUGUUGGAACAAUGUGGCUCAGUGGCGCCUUCUGCAUCGUUGGAAGCUUGGUAGGUAGCGUCGGAGCGAUGAAGAUCGUGAGGAUGGUGUGUGGAAUAAUAGGAAUUUUUGGGAUGGCGGCGACGUACAACUUGCUCUUUAUUUACACGGCGGAGCUGUUUCCGACGGUGGUGAGGAAUGCAGCGCUGGGAUGUGCGACGCAGGCCGCACAGUUGGGUGCGAUAUUGGCUCCGCUGGUGGUGGUUCUCGGGGACGGCGUUCCGUUUGCCGUGUUUGGGGUUUGUGGGCUCGCGGGUGGAAUGCUUGCCUUCUUCUUGCCGGAGACGAUGAACCGGCCGUUGUAUGAUACCAUGGCUGGGCUGGAAGAGGGAGAGAGCAGAGUUGUAGAGUGAACAAAUUACGAGCCUCGUGUGAUCGGAGUAUCAUUUUCGCCAUGUUUUCGUUUUUUUUUUUUUCUCCCUUCUUUUUUUCUAUCUUUUCUUCUUCUUUUUUAAAUAGUUGAGAGGCUUCGAUUAUUUUUCUUUUCGUGAUGCAUGGAUUGAGAGAAUGUGGAAAAUAUAAUGAUGUCUCCCGAAGUUUGCUUUCGUAAUGCAGAAAUUGGAAGAUGCAACAACCGAAAUAUUAAUGCAAUUUUAUGAACA